GGAAAAGAAAAGUAAACAAAAAAGGGUUUAACGGAAAAUCCAACAACAGUUUCAAAAUUUGCUAGAUUUUCGUGGAUUUGUGGAGUUUUUUGAUCAUUAUAUCUGAGGAUUUUCAAGUGUAAAGCACAACCAGCCAAGGAAGAACGAUGAGGAAGUCCAGGAUUGAUGAUUCCUCCGGGAAAUCCCAGCAAAGACAGAGCCGCAUUCCUGGACCAAAGCGGAGCACCCUCGGGAAGGGUGAUCGUCGCUCUGUCUCCGAGGAUCGUGGUGGGUUUUCAUUGAAGAAGAAUUCCAUGGUAGUACCGCGAUUCUCCUCACGCCCGAGCAGUGCCAGUCGUGCCACCCCAAUGCGUACACCCAUGCGGACACCACUAAUGCUUGGGGGAUCAACGGAUCGGAAGAAGACCCCCCUGAAUGAUAAAAAAUGGUUCCAGGAUCAACUAACGCGCAUUUUUGACUACAUUGGAAAGAUAGAGGGAUUGGAUAGAAAUUUUGUGUCUUCCCGGAAUAUCCGUUUGAUGUCUAUCAAGGAUUUCCUUCGUAUUAUUUGCCACCUUGCCAAAUUCUGGAUGCCACGCGUAAAUCUGAGCAAUGAUUACGUCGAAGAGAUUGCUGAGAUCCUUCGGAAGAUGCGCUAUCCGUACAACUUCAACAAAUCCUGGCUUAAAACCCCAAAUGCCCCGCAUUCCCUCAAUCACAUCGUUGUGAUCAUUUCAUGGCUCCUCGAUGGUGUCCCAGAGUGCAGGCGCCCUGUUGCACGUGAAACGCUCCCCCUUGAAUGUACGGACUUCCCCACGCGAGCUUUUGCUGAAUUCUUCGAGGAAUCCGUGCAGAAUGCCUAUCAGAUGUGGAAUGAUGGUGAUGAUGAAGGUGCAGCGGCAAUUCACAGGGAGAUUACAAGUGAGUACAUAUCGGAGCGCUUUAAUAUGCCCAAUGAGGUUGCCAUGAAGAGGGAGAUUACCAAGCUUGAGCGGGAGUGUGCUGAGCUUCAACUAGAGGCGGAUGAGCUGGAGGCUAAGGAGGAUUCCGUGGAGAAACUGAAGAAACAGUUGGAUGAUAAGAAGAAGCAACACGCAAAACUUGCCGAGGAGACGAUUAAGAUGGAAAAGGAGACAGCAAUGGGGGCGCAGAAAGUUGCUGACUUGGAGAAGACUCUGAUGAAGAUGAGGGAAAUGGAGACAAACAUCCGGGAGAAGUGCGAGCAGCAACAGAAGGAGGGUUUGCCGCAAAAAUUUGAGCAACUCUUGAUGAAAUUAGGCGAAGAGAAGAUAAAGCAUCAGUCAAUGAUGGAUCUAACGAAAAGAAUUCAGGGUAGGGAAUUCAAUGAAGUUCACGUGCAGAAGGCGCGCCUAAUGAAGAAGUAUCACGAUAUAAUUAAUGAAGUUAACCUGGACCUGCAAAAACUUUCCCAACUCUUCCCAACGGAGCUCCAACUUCCGCCCAGUUUCAAUUGGAACGAUCUCACUGAUGAGGCAAAGGCAGACCUUCUGAAGAACGCCAGGGCGGUCAGUCAAAAAAUCUCCAUAGAGAUUGCAGAGAAGGAAAUGGAGAUUAUAAGGUUGAAGAAUGCCAUUGAGAUUCAGGGGGAAAUUAAGGAAAAACUCCUGAAAUCCGUGGAAAGUCUCAAAGAGGAAUAUAGCAGAGUGGAGAAGAUGCUUUUGAAAAAUGAUGCAACGGCCAAGAGCAACUUUGCCAUCAUGCAGGAAAGAAUGGAAAUGGAAGAGGGAAAAAUUGCAAAGAUUCAGGAGGAAAUUGAGGAGAAACAAGCAGAAAUUGUGCAGUUGGAAGCGAAGCAGGAAGCAAUGCUUGAAGCAUUUGAUAAGGACUCAACGCAGAAGUUGGAUGCAAAGAGGGGAAGAUUGGAGAAAUACCGGCAAACUUACAUGAGAAUAAGUGAGCGCCUUCUCCAGAGUGGCCUAUUUCCAGGGCCCCGAGAUAUCGCAAAUUCCAUCUUCAGACGCCGGCGACCUCGGCUCAUGGAGGUGCAAGGGAGGAAACUAAAGAGCUUCCAAAUGGCCAGCAAUAAGACGGAUUUGUUGGCAGUGCUGCAGCUUCUUCGGAAAUACAAUUUGAAGGGCACAGAGGAUAUCCUACGGCGGGAAGCACAGCUGACGGAUGUCCCGGAAACCGUGCCGGGAGAUUCGGAUGUGAGUAGUGUUCUUGCAGCGUACAAAAGUGAAGGUGAUCCGGAAAUCUAUGAGACAUCCUUUAUGGAGCUGAGGAAUUUUGUGGCGGAGUCUCUGGAUAUUUACAAGCAUGAAUUGGCCAUGAUACUGUACCCAGUGCUUGUGCACAUGUACCUGGAGCUUGUGUACAACAAUCACGAGGAGCAGGCGAAGCGUCUGAUGGAGAAAUUCAGUGCGGAGCAGGAAUACUACUACCAGGAAGAUCUAAAGCGCCUCUCAAUGGUCACGAAGCGCGAUCAAAUGAGUGGGAAUGACCUCACGGAUACCUUCAAGUCCAAUGAAUUCAUCAUUCGCAUCUCCAGGGAUACGCUUUCACUCCUGAAGAGGCAUUUGCAGGAGAAGAAACAAUCCGUCAUUAUGAACAUUGUCAAUGAGCACCUCUACUUUGAUCUCUACGAAGGUGUGGCACGCAAUAAGACCCAAUGCGAUGCCACAGCGGGUGCCCUGACGGGUGAGGCAAAGCGACAGGAUAAUAAGGUCAAGGUGUACUAUGGGUUACUCAAGGAGCCCGACUUCCAAUCACUCACAGCUCCACCCGAGGAGGAUGACGACAUGGAUCCCGAUGCUCCGGAUAAGCCGAAAAAGAAGAAGCCCAAGAAGGAUCCGUUGCUGUCGAAGAAAUCCAAAUCCGACCCAAAUGCCCCACCAGCUGACCGGAUGCCCCUCCCGGAGCUCCGGGACAUUGAUAAACUGGAGAAAAUUAAGGCUCUCCGCGAAGCAUCGAAGCGUGUAAAUCUCGGACCGGAUUCCCUACCCUCGGUGUGCUUCUACACGCUCCUCAAUUCCGCCCACAGUGUCACAUGUGCAGAAAUUGCUGAAGAUUCAAGCCUACUCGCUGUGGGCUUCGCAGAGUCCAUCAUCCGUGUGUGGUCACUCACACCAUCAAAAUUGCGUGAGAUGAAGCCAGCAGAACAGCUCAAAGACAUUGAUCGUGAUGCUGAUGAUGUCCUUGUGCGAAUGAUGGAUGAUAGGACUGCAGAGACUUGCCGUACAUUCCACGGACAUUCUGGGCCAGUCUACAGAUGCGCCUUCUCAUUGGAUCGUUCAAUGAUGCUCUCGUGCUCGGAGGACGCAACAAUACGUCUGUGGUCUCUGCACACCUGGACGUGUGUUGUGGUUUACAAGGGCCACCAAUUUCCUGUGUGGGACGUUCGUUUCUCCCCGCAUGGGCACUACUUUGUCACGGGAUCGUAUGAUAAGACAGCCCGCCUCUGGGCUACGGACUCCCAUCAACCGCUGAGGAUCUUCAUUGGGCAUCUUGCGGAUGUGGAUUGUGUCCAAUUUCAUCCAAAUUCCAACUAUAUCGCCACUGGAUCGAGUGAUCGCACCGUCAGGCUGUGGGAUUGUGUGUCUGGGAAUCACGUGAGACUCAUGACGGGGCACAAGGCGCCAAUCUACUCACUCGCCUUCUCCAUGUGUGGACGCUUUUUGGCCUCCGGGGCGGCUGAUCAUCGUGUUCACAUUUGGGAUUUAGCUCAUGGGCACCUCAUUGCUGCCUUCACCACACACACCAAUACAAUUCACAGCCUCUGCUUCAGCAGGGAUGGCACAAUCCUUGCAUCUGGAUCUCUCGACUGUACCCUCAAUCUCUGGGACUUUACGAAGCUCUGUGAGGACAUCAGUGGUGAGAAUGUGAAUGUAUCUCACAAUCCUGACGUUCGGGAUGGUGAACAGUACCUCCUGAGGUCUUUCCCAACAAAAUCCUCUCCCUUCCUCACGCUCCACUUUACAAGAAGAAAUCUCCUGCUUGCCGUAGGGAUGUACGAUAGUGGUUGAGAAGUCAAUGCAAAAUGAUGGGAAUAAAAGGUAAGAAAGAGAAAUCUUCAAAACUCUAUGAUUUUUUUAUUUAAAAAUGUGAAUUGAUAGAAAAGAAUAAAAUGUGCGAAUAUCGUAUAAUUUGUGGAGAACAAAAUUCCAUUAAAAAAAAUUCUAAAAGAGA